AUGUCAUUAGCUGGAAGGUUUCAAUACAAGUACAAUAAAAAUUCACCUACUCAUAUGUCAGUAAAGUGUUCGGUUGAGGAUUGUCCUUGGAAGAUAACAGCUCAUGCUGUUGAAGGAAAUGAAAUAUUGCGAGUUUAUACUUACCAAGUUAAUCAUAAUCAUAUAGCUCAAGAUGAGUGUUCAGCUAAGGUGCGGGUUUCUUCCAAGAGAGGUGCUGUUGUUGUUGAAGACGUGUUUAGAACAACUCCUGAAUACCUUCCUCGACAACUUUGCAAGGAUUUUGAACGUGAUCAUGGAGUUCAAUUGACUUAUAACCAAGCAUGGCAUCUUAAAGAGAAGGCAAAAGAGCGUUUAUAUGGAUCUCCACGUGAGUCCUACACGUUUUUGCCUUGGUUAUGCCAUAGGCUAAGGGAAAUUAACCCUGGAACUAUUGCCGAGUACACUUCUCAUGAAGGUCACUUCAAGCAAUUGUUCAUUGCCCAUGCAUUUUCAAUUCAAGGGUUCACCAUGGGGUGUCGACCGGUAUUAGCUAUUGAUUCUUGCCACCUAAGUGGUCCAUACAAAGGAGCUCUUUUGUCUGCCAUUGCAUAUGAUGCAGAUGAUGGAAUGUUCCCUCUAGCCUUGGGUGUGGUUGGUUCAGAAAAUUAUGAGGAUUGGUAUUGGUUCUUGGAGAAAUUGAAGGGGAUCCUAGAUGGUCAAGAAGUAAUUAUUAUAUCAGAUAGACAUCAAGGGAUAUUGCGUAGUGUUUCGGAGUUGUUUGGGGUAGAAAAUCACGCCUAUUGUUAUCGACAUGUGAAAGAGAACUUUUCAAGCUUCUUCAAUAGGCAAAACAUUAGGGGAAAGAAAGGGAAAGAAGAUGCUUUGUUGCUUUUAGACAACAUUGCAUAUGCUCGGUUGGAUAUAGACUACAAUGAGGCGUUUGAAAAACUUGUGCGUUUUAAUGGCGACCUAGCAAGGUGGGUUGUGGAGAAUAGUCCGGAGCAUUGGGCGAUGUCAAAGUUCCUUAAAAAACGUUGGGAUAAAAUGACAACUAAUAUUGCAGAGUCCUUCAAUGCGUGGUUAAGAGAGGAACGACACCAAACAAUUUAUACGUUGUUGUUGAUGCACAUGGAUAAGCUUGUAGCCAUGUUGGACACCCAUAUGCGUGGUACAGAUAAGUGGAAGAGUGUGGUUGGACCCAAAACAGAGGAAAAGCUAAUGUCAAAUAUCACGAGAUCUGCUCCGAUUACUGUGAUGCCCUAUUUGGGUGGGACGUUCAAGGUUUUUACUGGGGAUGUUUAUUUGGUUGUGGAUAUGCAGCAACAUAAGUGUACAUGUCUAACAUGGCAAAUGUCCGGGUUGCCAUGUCCACAUGUAUGUGCUGUGAUCCGCACAUUGAGACACGAUGUGUAUGACUAUAUCGACCCAUGUUUUAAAGUCUCCACCCAACAUUUGAUUUACUCGGGUCAGUUUCAACCAUUACCAACACACAACAUGCCUAAAGUUUGUGAGGCUGGGACUUUGCAAGAUGGCCAAGGCAACGUAUUUCCUAGUCUCCAACCCCCGCAAGGCACAUCAAUGUUUACACGAUGCUCAGCUGCAAGAUUUAAGAAACUUUGCAACCGGUUACCAGAGGCAAAAAUACAAGCCAUAAGAGACCUCCAAUUUGGAGGUCUCUUAAACUUAAACUGCACAGAGACGGAUAGAGUUCUCAGCCCAGCAACACUAUCCUGUUACAGCCACCGAUGUUGGCCUCAUUUUCGGCCUCCCAACAGAAGGGCGGAUGUUGCAGGUGACCUCUACAUCAUCCGACCAUCCAUUUGGGACUAUUCGGGCAUGCGAGGAGAAACUCCUGGACUUACCUGUUGGUGA